AUGGAGUCGUUGACGACAACCAUUCGUUUCGUCACGCUGAAUCUAAGUCAGGCCGCGAAUCUACCUACCUGCAGUUCGCCCAUCAUACUUUCGCUGCUUGGCUACUUUUGGCCUAAGGAGACUAGUAGAUCGCCUCGUUCAACGAGUUCUGAGGAGUUGUCGGGCUCGAGCUGGAAGAAGCCACCUGGCCGAAAACGGAAGUUCUGGACUGGGGUUGUGAGAGGUCCUGACGACGCUUGCCGUGUACCGGCAGUUCGGGCCACGCGUAGGGUUACUCAGGAUAUCAAGUAG